CUGAUAAAGCCGCAGCAAUGGCGGAACUACUGCUGGACUCAAACAUUAGGUUUUGGGUUUUCUUACCCAUAGUAGUGAUCACUUUCUUAACUGGAAUCAUCAGACAUUAUGUCACGAUACUAUUAUCAUCGGAGAAAAAGACUGAACUACAACAAGUGUCAGAUAGUCAUGCACUCAUCCGCAGCAGGAUGUUGAGAGAAAAUGGGAAAUAUAUUCCAAAGCAGAGUUUUCUGAUGCGCAAACAUUUUUUCAAUCAUGAAAAUGAUGGAUUUUUCCUGAAGGAGAAACGUGAAGGUGUUGCAAAGAAUCCAAUGACAGAUCCUAACAUGAUGACAGACAUGUUGAAAGGCAAUGUUACCAAUGUAUUACCUAUGAUUGUCAUCGGAGGCUGGAUCAACUGGGCUUUCUCAGGAUUUUUAACAACAAAAGUGCCAUUUCCAUUAACCCUUAGGUUCAAACCUAUGUUACAAAGAGGGAUAGAGCUGCAGUCACUGGAUGCAUCAUGGGUUAGUUCAGCAUCGUGGUAUUUCCUGAAUGUGUUUGGUCUUCGAAGUAUGUACACACUUAUACUUGGACAGGAUAACGCUGCUGACCAAACCAAGGCGAUGCAGGAACAGAUGUCGGGGGCCGGGAUGAUGACCCCACAGGACCCCAUGAAGGCCUUUAAGUCUGAGUGGGAGUCGUUGGAGGUGAGCACACACAACUGGUGCUUGGCCGGCGUAGAAGAGGAGCUCAUUGACGGACACAUACAGCCAGAGACCAUUUACAUCAAAAAUAAAUACUCUUAACUACAACAUUGAUGGACAUUUUCAGUUGUUUCCCUUUGAUUGUUGACCUAGUUUGUCAAAUUUCCCCAUUCUGACAGAUCCUAACACAUGCAUGAGUUUUUCAUAUUUUGCUUGUUUUCAUGGCGUUGAAUACCUUCAAAUAUAUUGUAAAUAUAUCGGUAGCGUGAGAUAUUUCACAUACAAACAUGUUAUUCCUCCCACAAAUACCAAACCAUUGAGAAUUUUGACAGUUAAAUGACAACUUUCUUGUGCUUUAUAAUAAGUAAAGUCAUGGCUGGAGCAAGAGUAAUUGCCAUCAGUCUAUUCCAUAUGAAACGUCAAUUGUAUAUCCAUCAGUGUGGUAUGUCUACAACAUUGAAUGUUCAUAAACUUGUCCUUCAUAUAAGCAACUUUAUUUAUUUCAAUAACACCAAGUUGAAUGUGAUGAAUUGCAUUGUUUGUGCCGUCAGAUUGGUGCUACAUUGUAUUAUGGAAUUGUACUCUACACAAUUUCAGGUGUCUAUUUCAUCAUUGUCAUUAGUUUUGUCCAUUUGGUAUUUGUGGUAUUAUGUUGAGAGUCAGUUUGUAUGUUGUGAGUCUGAUUGUAAUGCAUGAAAUAAGGAAAAUGAUAUUAAUCAGAAAUUGUAUUCAGGAAUUUAUUUUGUCCUUUGGAUAAAUUCCACCUGGAAAAGAAAACAAUUUAAAAUUUCGUUUCCGUCUUUAAUUGAAGUAUUACAUUUGCAAAUCAACAUUCAAUAUGCAAUAUUUUAAUCUAAGAUGAAAAUGCAAUUUAAAUUGUUUUUAUAUGGAUAUUGUGUUAUUUUCUGUGCAGUUAUUCUUAAAGUAGCUAAUUGUGAAGCACUUGAGGUUUAUUCAAGCCAUGAAGUUUUUGCAUUUAAUAGGGACUAAAUUUUGUUUGUUGGAAAACAGAAUACACAUACUAUUUCCAAGGAGCAUCAAUAAAAGAAUAUUGUAAAAUUCAGCAACUUGAAGAUAUAAUAAAUAUCUUUUAAAAGUGUAA